AUGGCCUCCAAUACAAACCCGUGGCAGGACGAGCACAGCUCCACGCCCGGCAGCGGCGGCUACCAAAGCCCACCACCCGCACAGGCUCAUGGCGUCUCAAACCACAACCCAUACUCGGCAUACCAAGACCAAACAUCGCACAACCAAUACACCCCCCCAGACUACCCUCCACCAGGCAACAGCUUCGGACAAGGGCAAUCCGGCUUCCAAGGCUCCAACCACAAUGACGCAGACCCAUGGGCACAACACCAAUCACCUGACUUCAACCCCGACGCCCAGCGCUCGCCAUCCAACCCGUCCAACCCGUCCCACAACUACGAGUUCCGCGUGCCCCCCCUCAACUCCGAAACGCAGAACUACCAGGGCCUGAACGACAACAACUACGAAGUCCCGCCCGGCCUGCCCCCACGGCGCACCGAGACCGAUCUCGCGCUGCCCCAGGGCCAGGACCGCAGCCACCAGAUCGAGGUCAUGCAGAGCUACGAAGCGCGGGGACGCAAGGACGAGCACGAUCAGAAUGUGGAGAUCUUGCAGCGCGAGUUUCCGAAGCUCGAUGGGUCGCUGAUCGCGGCGAUUUACGGGGAUAGUCAGAGUCUUAGUGCGACGAGAGAGAUGCUGGGGGAGCUGGAUAGGGAGUAG